AUGUGCGUGAACUACGCCUACGAGUGCGGACUGCCGCCAGAGAUUCCUCUGGCCCAGUAUAUGCUACAUAGACUGCGGCAGCUGGGCAUCGCUACUAUAUUCGGGGUCCCAGGUGGAUUCAAUGUGCCCUUGUUGCGCGAGAUAUGCAAUGUACCGCAGAUGAAAUGGGCGGGAAACACUAACGAACUUAACGCGGCAUACGCUGCUGACGGAUACUCGCGCAUAAAGCACCUAGCGUGCCUCGUGACAACGUUUGGCGUUGGCGAGCUGUCCGCCGUCAAUGGCGUCGCCGGCUCCUUUGCAGAGCACGUUGGGCUCUUGCAUUUCGUCGGGAUGCCACCUCUGGCCGCGCAAAGGAGGCGGCUUCUUUUGCAUCAUACUUUGGGAAAUGGAAAUUAUAAAGUUUUCCAUCGACUAGGAAGCGACGUUACACAAUACACAUCAGUUCUAACUGACACCGAAACUUGCUCUAAAGAAGUUGACAAAUGCAUAUCCAUAGCUUUCACGAAGCAGAGGCCCGUGUACUUGGGAGUACCCACUAACAUAAGUGACACGCUGGUGAGCUCCGCUCUCCUGAACAUCCCGUUAGAUCUUUCUGCUCACGAAGGCAACACCGAGGUGCAAGAGGACUUUGUGAAUGCGAUUCUCAGUGCAAUGUACAAAUGCAGAAGUCCUGCGAUUGUUGUUGAUGCAUGUGUUUCGAGACACAAUGUGGUAGCAGAGGUCAGACAAUUAGUGGAGCUUACUCAGUUUCCUGUUUUUUGCACCCCGAUGGGGAAGGGGGCCAUCAACGAGCAUCAUCCUCGGUUCGGCGGCACAUUCGUGGGGUCGAUAUCCCCACCACAAGUGCGUGAGGUGGUUGACUUCAGUGAUUUUGUCCUCGUCGUAGGCGCUUUGUUGUCAGACUUCAACAGCAGCUCAUUUCACUUUGCGUACAAAGCAAAAAACACCGCGCUUUUGUUUUCUAGCUAUGCGAGGCUAAAAAAUGCCAUGUAUCCAGACCUCGAGCUGAAGACAGCGCUCCGCGUGCUUCUAACAAAGUUAGAUCCCUCGAAGCUAAGGUAUAGGCCAGAGGAGGUCCCCGAGGUUAUAAGGCCAAAGAUCAAACUUAUGAGCAACGUGCCCCUUCGGCAGGAGUGGGUCUGGAAUCAAAUAAGCAACUGGUUUCGCGAAGGUGACAUCGUGAUAACGGAAACCGGUACAUCUGCUUUUGGUGUCAAUCAAAGCAAGUUUCCAAACAACACCAGGUGCAUAACCCAGGCUUUAUGGGGAUCUGUCGGGUACUCUGUAGGAGCUUGCCUUGGCGCCUCUUUUGCAGCAAGGGAAGAAGGAAACAAUUCGCGAGUCAUUCUGUUUGUAGGAGACGGUGCGCUACAGUUAACAGUCCAGGAGUUAUCCACAAUGAUAAGAUGGGGACUGAAGCCCAUAAUUUUCGUGAUGAACAACAGUGGAUACACAAUCGACAGAUUACUGCACAGAAAAUCCAACGCAGGGUAUCAUGAUAUCCAAGCUUGGGAUAACCUAAAACUUUUGCCCCUGUUCGGAGCUUUAGAUUACGAUACUCGUGUGGUCAAAACCGUGGGUGACUUCCUCGGUCUUGUCAGUGAUCCAGGUUUUGCUCUAAACAACAAAAUUAAAAUGGUGGAAGUUGUUUUGCCACCAAUGGACGCGCCACCUGCCUUGAUGGACAAGUGGCUGGUGGACGAUAAUGAUGAGGAGGUUGGCAGCGAAGAUACCAACGGGUGGCAAUCGUCCAAGCGCAUCAAGCUGGACUCACAGCCUAGCGUUGACAGCCUCGCGAGCAUGGAUAGUCUAGAUAUUUAA